AUGAAUUUUGAAGAAAAGGAAGAUAAGGAUGGAGUCAGACUAACAUGGAAUAAUGUUCCGAAGUCGAAACUUCAAAACCAAAGAAAUGUCAUCCCAUUGUCUGCCCUUUACACCCCACUCAACAACAAAUCAAAAAUACCUUGUUUAGACUCAUCAUCUAUAGUAAGAUGUCGACAAUGUAAGGCAUUCUUGAAUCCUUACGUAACGAUGAAUCAUGAGUCUUCAGAUGUAUGGUACUGUCAAUUCUGCUCGUUUGGCAAUCGAUUAGCGGUCACAGACACAGGUCACUAUCCCCACCCUAUGCAAUCUGAAUACUCGACUGUUGAAUAUUCAACAGGACGCGAUUCUAAGCUCCCUCCUAUAUUCUGGUAUGUUGUUGAUACAUGUUUUGAAGGAGAGGAUGUCGAAGAUGCCUACCAAUCUCUUCGCGAACUGUUGACCUUGUCAGUGUCGUUGCUCCCAUCUCAUUCCUUGGUUGGCUUCAUAAGUUUUGGAAAGCAUGUUCAAUUGCAUGAUUUACUGGAUCCACAUAGGAGCCAUACAUUCAACGGCUCCAAGGAUUACACAUUGGAACAGGUACAAAAAAUCUUAGGCAUCAACACUACAAGAACUGGGAACACGUCCACUUUAGGUUCGGUCGCCCAAAAGUUUCUUCAGCUGGUAGAUAUUGCGGAGUAUCAGCUAUGCAACAUUAUCGAGAAUCUUGUCAACAAUACGUUCCCACAUGACAACGGCAAACUGCGACCCGAAAGAUCUACUGGAUGUGCUAUUAACGUCGCAUCAUUGAUUCUCGAGGGAAUUUUAGGGAAAGGAAAUUUGGCGGGAGGUCAUAUCAUGUGUUUCGUCAGCGGAGCCACAACGAAUGGACCUGGAAAAAUCGUUGGAACUCCUUUGAAAGAGCCAAUAAGAUCACACCAUGAUAUCGAAAAAUCAAUACUGACAACAUUACCAAAUAUUCCAAGCGGAGGUACAAAGGUCGAUGUACUGCUUUUUAAGCAGGCUAAGACAUUUUAUGGACGAGUGGCCAAAGUAUUAGUCAGUAUGGGAAUGAGCUGCGACAUAUUUGUUGGUUCAUAUGAUCAAGUAGGCCUUUAUGAAAUGGAUGAGGUCUGUACAAAAACCGGAGGAACUGUUGUGAUGUGCGAUUCGUUCAACACAUCAAUGUUCAAGCAAAGUUUUGUUCGAUUUUUCCGCAAGAUAGACGACGAUCCGAGUUCAGAUCUUGACAUGGCAUUCAAUGCUACCUUAGAGUGCCGAACCACUAAGGAUCUCCAAAUACAGGGUUUGGUUGGGCACGCGAGUGCUCUUCCUUUACGGAAAGACAAAUUUGUUGAAUCUUCUGUUCUGUCACACAAAAUAGGAGAAGGAGGUACUAAUGCAUGGAAAUUAUGCAGUGUGAAUCCCCAAUCCACAUACGCAAUAUACUUCGACAAACUUGAUUCUUCGCUGAUUGGAUAUGCCUUUAUACAAUUCACAUUUCAUUACGAACAUCCAAGCGGAGAAAUGAGGCUAAGAGUUACUACUGUUCCGCUUCCUGUUAUUGCAGAUUCUGACGCUCAAAACAUAGAGCUCGGUUUUGAUCAAGAAGCAGCAGUAGUAUCAAUAGCAAGAAGCUCAAUUGUCAAACUUGACUCAAAUAUCCUAAGCGCAGAGAAAAAAACUUACAAUCAAGACGAUGUUGUGAAACAUUUAGAUAAGUUGCUUAUUGAUUUUUGUACCAGAUUUGCAGUAUUCCAAAAAGGUGUGAUCAAUUCCUUUCGCUUAUCGAGCAGUUAUGCAAUGCUACCUCAAUUCACCUAUCAUUUACGUCGUUCCCCUUUCAUCAGAGUUUUUAAUAAUUCCCCUGAUGAGACGAGCUACGUGAGACAUGUUUUUAUGCAUGAGGAUGUGAAUAAUGCCUUAAUUAUGAUUCAACCUUCUCUUCUCUCUUACGAUGUGGAGACUUUUGGAACAGAAGACCAAAAUGGGGAGGUGAUAAGCGACCCAGAACCGGUUCUUUUGGAUUCUAUGUCUUUAGGACCGACGAAAAUUCUCCUUCUCGACACAUUUUUUCAUAUCUUGAUAUACCACGGUGACACCAUAGCCCAGUGGAGAAAGGCCAAUUAUCAGGAUUUAGAGGGUUACGAACAUUUUAAGGAAUUUUUAGAAGCGCCAAAGAGGGAAGCUAUGGAAAUAUUAAUGGAUAGAUAUCCAUUGCCUAGGUUCAUAGACUGCGAUGAGGGAGGCUCACAAGCUAGAUUUCUCAUGGCAAAAUUGAAUCCGUCAACAAGCUACUCUACGAAUCCUAAUCAGUUAUAUGGAAACAAUGGUCCGGAGGUGCUCACUGAUGAUACCAGUCUCCAGACUUUUAUGGACCAGAUCCAGCGUAUAGUUGUUGGUAAAAAAUAA